AAAGUUUUCAAAAGGCGGUGGUUUUGGGUAAAAGUGUGUUAUAAAAUCAAGAAUAUAACUUUAGCUUAUUCAAAAGUUCCAAGGCAUUUUAACGUAAUGAGUUACCCUCUAGAUGGUGUACAAAACAUUAUCACCAUAAUUUGGAGCCAAUAAAGCAUCAUAAAACGAAUACCAUGAGUUUUUUAAAUCUUGCCACUUUGGCAAUGCAUCGAAGACAGGAAAUGGAGGGCUGCCUCAAUGCAUUUUACGAAAAAUGUGAUAAUGUUAUUUUCGACAUAGAAAAAUUAAAGCAACAGGCUCGAAGUUUCCUAGACCAGUUGAAUUGUGACCCAUCAGAGCUGAAGGACAAAUUUGUGAGCUGUAUGAAACAGUUGGUUGAAUACAACUACCUUAUGACAGAUUUCCACCUUGCGCUGAACAAUAUAGACGCUACAGAUGCUGUCAGUACAUCUAUAACACCAACCUCUGACAAGACACACAAGCUAUCAACACCUCUAACUCCUACACCAGUGUACCUAAUGGAUACACCUGUAGACCCGAAGCCAUCAACAUCCAAGGCCUGCAUCAACGGUGCUCCUGCAGAGAAAACCAAGAAAAAGAAGAUACUUAAAGAUAACACCUUGAUUGCAUUCUCGAGUUCUUCUUGCUCAACUGAAAGUGUAUAUGAAGAGGCCCAGAAAAUAGAUAUCGCGAAAUCACAGUUUGAGGCAAUAAAAAUCACAAAAGCUGAAACGGAACAAGUAAUUGGCAGAGCCAUAACCAAAAACAAUAUACCAGAGCCGACACAACCAAUCCAAGAAUGUCAAUUGCCGGCUCAAACUCUGCUGCAAGAAGACUGUACAUACAAGGCAAAUAUCACGCACAUGGACGGACUUAGCUUCUGGGUUAUUAUUGAAGAGGACUUUAACGAUGCACACCAGAUGAUUUCAGAAAUGAAUGAGUACUACAGUAAGAAUCGGAAGGCGCUGAAUCUGCAUGAAUUGAUGUCGAUGCCUUACUGUGCUGUCUAUUCACAAGUGAACCAAUGCUAUUUUAGAGCAUUUAUCAUCCAACUGUCAGAGAGCGACGUGACUGUCGUCAAUGUUUAUCUGGUGGAUGUUGGUGAGAAGUGCAGCGCUUCUGUGAGUAAUAUACAGCCUUUAGAGCCAAGGUUCUGUAGCAAACCACCCUUCGCAAGAACCUGCCAUUUCGCUGGGGUAGACAUACAGGGUUGCGAUAGUGGACCUUUGGACUCUUUCCUGGACGAUUUUGUCAACGUUCCGUGCAAAAUAAAAAUAGAGGAUAAUUCAUCGGAAUCAAUGAGUGCUUACGUAAUUUUGGCAUCGGGAGAGUUGCUCAGCGAUAUUAUGGCGCUAUUUGGAUAUGUGCGUUUGUUGGACAAACACAAGGAGAAAGAGAAACCGAAGACGAAGAAAAGUGUGACGUUGAAUGAACCAACUCGAGAGAACCACGUCGAGGACAACCCGAAGCGGACCGAACCGAACCCGAUCGAGGACGAGGACAACCCAGAGUACACCGACCCGCUGCUCGCUGUUGCGGGCUACCACAACCGCGACGAAAAGGACAUCUGCAAACAUUACAAGGGCGGGCCGGAGAAAACCUGCUUCAAAGGUGCGCGCUGUAAAAAAAGACAUGUCAUGAUGCAUCCUGAUGGCUGGACUUUAGAUCGAAUACCUGUGACAGGGCGUAACUGCGCCCCCCUCUCGCUGCCGGAGCCCGGCACCAUUUGCAGAGUCCUCGUCGUGUGCGUCGUGCACUACAAGUCCUUCUACGUGCAGUUCCCCGACAACAACAUUAACAAAAACGAGCCCAAACCGCAAUUCGGUGUCCUUCUACCGCCGACGACAUUGAAAGAUCUCAUAUUGGCCAUGAACAGCCAAUCCGCCCGGACGUCAUACAAACCUCUCAGGACGUACCCGGCGCCUGGCGAGCUGGUAGCAGCCCUGUACCCCCCGGACAACCAGUGGUACCGGGCCAAGGUUCGUUCCUGCAGCAUUCCUGACCACGAUCUUGAGGUGGUGUACAUUGACUUCGGCAAUGUGAUGUGCGUGCGAGAGGACGAGGUGCGCGAGCUGGAGCCCCGGUUCUGUCGUCUGCCGGCGCAGGCCGUCCGCUGCACGCUCGCCGGCGUGGGCGCCAAGACCGGCGACUCGCACCAGUGGCUCGCCGUCAAGGAGCUGCUCACCAAGAUGAUCCUCGAGAAAGUGUUUGAUGCGCGCAUCAUGGAGCGAGUGUUUGACGAAAUAAACAUCGACCUGCUGGACAACCAGGGCUUCAGCAUCGGCGAGCAGCUCGUCGUCGCCAUGCCCGAUGUCCUCCAGUACAACAAACCCGAGGUGGUUUACGACAACAGCGCCUCUGUUCAAGUUGUCGUACCGUAAAUACAACAAUAUAAAUGUCAACCAAAAUUACAUUCCUAAUACAAAUUUGUAAAUAAAGCCGUGACUGAGAACAAAGUAAAGUGAACUUUAAACAGUAGUGAUUAAGUUCAGUUUACGUUAAAGAAAAUUGAUUUUUAAUUACGUGUUUAUGAAUAUGGGGGUCAGAGUAAAAUCAUCCCGUUUUCACCAACAUAUAUUAUUGAAAGAAGACCGACCGUUUUUUAUUCAUUGCUGGGUCUAGAUUUAAUAAAUGUUACUUUACAAUGUCCAAAUUUGCGUCAAUAAUUAAAUAAUAAUAUCAGUUUCAACUUGUUUUAAUUUCAGUUUCAUUGAAAGUUGCAUAAUCAAUACAUCAGCAUAAGUACCUACAUUAUAAAAUGCACGUUUUCAACAAAAACACACAUUUCAUAAAAUAUUAACAACUGUUAAUUCAAAUUAAUUUUGGUGAUUUUGAUUUAUUAUAAAAUAAGAUGUUUAACUUCCAUUAUUUGUUUUCUGUAAUGGUGGUCUCCUUUAUUAAAAAAAUAUUUUUUUGCAAUUUAUUUGCAACUUAUUUUACCUGUUUGCAAAAAAAAAAUUCAAAAAUUAAUUCAACUGACAAAUACUCAAAAUAUAAAGUAAAGAGCACUGCCCUGAGACUUAAUCAUUCAUUUAAUUCUACUCAAUCACUUUGUAAUAAGUGCGUUUAUUAUUUUGUUUGUGUAUAUAUUUUUUUGGAAGAAGAUAUAUUUUUUUUUACUUAAUUCACUCUCUCUAAACAAAUAGUCACAUACAUGUAUGAUAUGUAAUAAUAAAUAUUAAACACUACUUAGGGUCGGUUCCACCACAUGGGCUAUUAACAUGUCUUGUCAUCUAUACCAGAGGUUCUCUAAUUUUUUUUUCUCAUAGACCACUUUCGAAGUCUAGCUGCUUCCGGUAGACCCAAACAAAAGACAAAUAUAUAGAUCUAUCUAACAAUGGAAAUUUGCAUUGCGGCUCAGUUCCUAUCAAAUUAAUAACAAAAUUAUUAGUUUCCGAAUAAAAGUGAGAAUUGAUUGCUGAAUUAAUUUAUUUAUGUAUUAUAUAUUAUUGUGAGUGGAUAUAUAAAAGCAAAGUUGGCCAAUCAAAAAACUUUACAUUUAUCAUUUAGGUACUACAGCACAAGGAAUCGAAAAAAUCUCACUUGUUUUAUUUAGAAAACGCCCCAUUCAGUAUGAAACUAAAUAAAAUUUCAUAGACCCCCGCUUACAAACCGUGAACCGCCAUUUUUUUUGUUACGAUAGCGUAGACUCCUGUUGAGUAUCCCGUGGACCCUUGGAGGUCCACCUAGACCACUUUAGGAACCAAUGAUCUAUUCUAAUUAUUCCAUCGUUUGUUUCUUUGCAUUGGAUAGACGCUGAAACUACUGAACCGAUUUAAAAAUUCUUUCACUGUUGGGAAGCUACACUAUCCCCGAGUGCUAUAGGCUAUAUUUUAUCCCCAUAUUCCUCAUACUUAUAACUCAAGAACGACUGGACCGAUUUAGCUGAAAAUUGGUGGAGAGGUAGCUUAAAACCAGGAGAUGGACAUAGAAUAUUUAGGGCAGGGAUAGGAUAGGGAAAGGGUAGAGUUUCACGCAGACGAAUUCGCGAGAGUUCACUAUUUAGUAAUAAAGGAAAGAAAGUGAUUAAACUUACGGUUAGACUAACCGACGAUUAUCAAGGUGAUGAAACCGGCCUUAAAACUCACGUAAUAAUUAUUGUCUAUACCCUACUAGUUUCAAACCCAUACGAGACUCUUAGUCAUGAGUGUGUUUAUGUAACGGCGUGCCAUGUGGAUUAGAAACUAGUCGAGCAUACUGCGACGAGGCGGUUGGCUAUGACAUAUACUAAACAAUUAUAGAAAGUAUGAUUUACUGUCUAUUUUAUUUAUAAUAGUAAUUAUAAAUUACCCUAAAUCGUUAGAAUAUUUAAUUAACUGUGAGAUAAAAUUUGUAGCAAUUUUUUGCAUAAAAAUUUGAUAGAACCACAGAGUAACGAUGAUACAGAGUGAGUAUUUACAAGCAGCAUAGUGAAGCCGGUCAAACCCAUAUACAAACUUUUUUCAUAAUUUGUAUUUCAAAAUUAAAAACUAACAACUGUUACGUAAAUUAAUAUAAUAAUCAAUACCAAUAAAAAAAAUACUCCAUCCUAUUUCUUUACCUUUUGUGAACAUUUUUUAUAAUAAUUAACAAAAUAGACUUUUUCUUGAAUAAUAUUAAAAAUUACUGAUGCGACGCUUCGUGACGUACUGACUCGAGAAUGUAUUCGUUUUUGAAUUUUGUAUUUGGAGCGGCUACGACACCAUCGUGUUCGAUACAUUACGAUUCGAUACGUUGAUUUGACGGCCUCCGUGGCGCAGUGGUAUGCGCGGUGGAUUUACAAAGCGGAGGUCUUGGGUUCGAUCCCCGGCUGGGUCGAUUGAGAUUUUCUUAAUUGGUCAAGGUCUGUCUGGUGGGAGGCUUCGGCCGUGGCUAGUUACCACCCUACCGACAAAGACGUACUGCCAAGCGAUUUAGCGUUCCGGUACGAUGUCGUGUAGAAACCGAAUAGGAGUUUGGAUUUUCAUCCUCCUCCUAACAAGUUAGCCCACUUUCAUCUUAGACUGCAUCAUCACUUACCAUCAGGUGAGAUUGUAGUCAAGGUCUAAGUGUUCCGUACGCUCCAUCUGCCUAUUAUUCUUAAUCUGUGGGUAGAACCAUAUAUUUAUGCAAAAGAUUAUAAAGAUGUGACUGCUUUAUAUGUCAGUUGUUGAUAUUAUUGUUGUAUUCAGUGUAUUAUUCAUAGAUGUUAGUCCUUAAGAAUUAUUAUCUCCUGCUUACCCUACCUGAAUGUGUGUGACUGUGCACGCCACAAGUUACGUAUACGAGUGACAUAGACGUAAUAAUUUUCAACUUCCCGAUGACCACAAACAUGUUGUGAUUCAAGAAGCUAAAAGUUAUAAAUUUGCUUUAAAUGGCUUAAUUUAUUUGUCCAUUGAUAUUCUGCUACAGUUAGUUUCGUAUAGCAUGGUGCGGGUGACAGUUUGUUUUACUCUUGAAAGUUGGACGCGUUUCGCGAUAGUAGUACGUAUUAUGGACGUCAUAAGGCAACUGUCAAAGUGUCACCAUGCUAUCUGAAAAACACUACAUUAUUACUUACUUAAAUUACAAUGACAACAUUAUCAAGAAAUGGAUAUGUUGAAAGUAAUUAAAAAAAAUAUAUAUUUUUAAUUACCAUAAUAAAAUAACGAAAAUGUAAUUUUUUCUUGAAAUUAUAUUUCUAUAUAUUAUUUUUGCUACAAUAAUAUUAUAAAAAAAUAUAUUGUUUUAGUAUAAACAUAUUAUAUUUUAUCGAAGGGUCUCUCUAUAUCUAUAGUAGAUUAUAUAUUUUUAUUCAUAUUUUGUUAGUUCAACUUUUUUUCGUAGAGUAAAUGACGUCACCAGUACCAAUUGACGUAGUUUACAGCUUGGCAAGUUCAUUGAUGACACUCCCAUGAUAUGCGGGCGACGGGGGGAAAGACUGCGCGGGUGUUAAAUCGUGCGUGCGGGGAAGUGAGGUGCAUCAGUCGUGGGUUUUUCAUUCAUCGCUACACGCCCCCCGGCCCGCGCGGACUAUCGGGAACGAACUUUAAUAAAAUUUGCCAAGCUAGUGUAUUAUUUAACAAUGUCGAAUAAACGAGUUGCAGCUAUAAACACUGGUCCUCUAGCCAUGUAGCACGUCGAUUCUCUUACUACAAACGCUAACGCUUCGAAAAUUAAAAAUUGUAUCGGAAUUAUAUUUGCUAUCGACAGCUCACGUGAUCUAGUUGUCGGAUCUGUCAUUCAUAGACAUUUUGUUAGUUUUCGAAGCGUUAGCGUUUGUAGAAAGAGAAUCGCCGUGCCACAUGGCUAGAAGUCCUGGUCAGUAACCACAUACCUACUGCAUUGUUACUUAACAUUAAAUGCUAACUUAUCGUUUAGUUCCUAUAUUAUAUUAGAUAAAAUCAAGUUCUGGCUUAAUAAUACUUAGGUCUAUUGAUAUUUCAAUUUAGUAUCGGAAUUUCCUUAAUUGGCCAAAUAUAAAAACAAAAAUGGUUUUGUGAAAAAAAGUUAAAACGAGUCACAUUAAGAUAUUUUUUAUACUCCUCUUAUAUUAAUGUAUAUUAUUAAAUUAAUUAAUAAUUUAUAUUCAACAGUAGAUAUAGCAAAUAUGAUUCACAUGUGAUUCACAGAUCAGGAAAAUAGAUUAACCGAUUUUUAACAUGGUUUACUAAUUUUUAUUUGUAAACAAAUUAUGGGUAAAACUAUAUUCGCAACAGAACACUUGAUUUUACUUUUAUAUUAUUCAUAUUAAGUUUUUCAAAAUUAUUUAUAGCAAUUUUCCUGUUCUGCCGUCAGAAGACAUGUUGCAUGAAAAAUGUAUAGGGCUACAGUUCGUUUCAUGUAGGAUGGUGCGGGUGACGGGUCGUUUCACUCUUGAAAGUUUGCCGCUAUUCACGAUAAUAGUACGUAUUAUAAACGUAAUACAGGCGACUGUCACCGUACCAUAGCUGGGCAUUAACUCGUUAAUACGUUAAUCGUUAAUUAACGAAGUUAACAUUUUGAUUAACGGAUUAACUUUUAAGUUAACUUUUAUAAAUGUUAACGGUUAGUUAACUUUUAAAAAUGUUUCCGUUAAUAUGCAGAAGUCCGUUAAUUGUUAAUCCAAUGCCUACUAUUUACCGCGCGACGCGAAAAACAGGUUCAGAGAAGUAAGAAAUGAUGAAUGAUAUUUUUUUCAAAGAAAUCAACAAAUUGCUAUAUUUAUGUUAAAUAUAGAUAAAAUCAACAAAAACAAAUUACACUUUUCCCCAGUGCUCAUCAUUAUUUUUCCAAUGGUGAUCUCACACAAUGAUAUAAAAAUGUAAUAUUACACAGUCAUAUUAACGGAUUAACGAUUAACGUUAACUUGCGUUAAUUUUUCCGGAAUGUAACGCUUUAACGUUUAACGAAGCUAACUUUUUUUGUAGCGGAUUAACGAUUAACGAAGUUAACUAUUUGAUUAACGGUGCCCAGCUAUGCACCGUACCCAUGCUAUCUGAAAAACACUUUAAUUAGUAAUUUCUACAAGCAAGUGAUGCAAUGUAAAAAGUUAUUGUAGCGCCCCUCGACGCCUGUGAUAACGUAAACAUAAAGUAACAAUGAAUCAUAUUCACGUGUUUAGGAAAUAGAUUAACCGAAUUUAUGUUUGUAUCGCUCAAAAAAAAUUAUAGCUAUUUUUUUAAUCGAUAUUCUUAAAGACUUGUUAAAUUAAGUAGGUAUGAUUUUUAAAGUGCUAUAGUUUUUGUUACGUAAUUAAUUAUUAUUAUCGCCUGUAAAUUCCAUAUUCGACGGAUAAUAAUAAUAAUAAUAAUAAUAAUAUGCUCCCGACCGACUUUUUUUUUUUUCGGUCACGGCGGCUAAUCUCAUGGUGAGAUUAGCCAUGUACGCAGGAGAUAUUAUAGUGCACAAGUGUAUGCGCAAGCACAGGUGCACUCUCUCUUCCCUCACUCUCGAAAUCCGAUGGGACGGCAGACCGACACGUCCGGUGAGAGAUCAGGCGCAGGACCGACGGCUUUACGUGCUCUCCGAAGCACGGGGGUGUACUAACACCGCCAACUUCCCAACUUCAGGCUGCUAUUAAGAUUUUCCUUGUAAGAAAAAUCCCAAUUUGUUUUUGUUGGCCUGACCCGGGAUUCGAACCCUGGACCUCAUUGUUCGUAGCUGAACUAGCUAACCACCGGACCAAUGAGGCAGUAAUCGACGGAUAAUAGUAACAUAAUGACGUCAUUGUUACUUACUAUUAAGUGUUGUUUACGUAUUAGUCUUAUUAUUUACCUAUUAAUUAGCCCGCCUGGCUUUACUUUAGCUAUUAUUUAAAAAAAUAUAAGUGAACCUAAAGGUUAUAAAAGUCAUUACGAAUAAAAUAUGUUUAUAGGUGUUAAUAAAUUCGUCCAAUUUUA